AUGAGCACGACGCACAAGGAGACGGUGCGGGCUUGGUUCCAGAACAUGAAGGAGCCGGCUGGUGCCCACGUUGACGCCGCAGAGGCGUGUGGGAGCGCGAUAGCGGUGGCCGGCUGGGCCGAGGCCGACGGCGGCAUCCUGCUGGGCGAUAUCGACGACGCCCUCGACUUGGUGCGUCUCCGCGCCGCCGGGGUGACCCACAUCAUCAACUGCGCCGCCCGGCCGCUGCCGCCUGAAGGCGAACAAGAAGACAACAUCGACUCGACCCACCCGCACCUGCGGCUCCGCAGGCUCGACGCCCCGGGCCUGGACCACUACACAUCGCGCGGCGUCGAGCUGGCGGGCUACCUGGCCUUCGCCGCGACGGACUCGCCCACAUACAGGAUGGCCGACCACUUCGAUGAGGCCUGCCGCUUCAUCGAUGAGGCCCGGGCGCAAGGUGGUGGACCACGCCGGGUGCUGGUCCACUGCCAGGCGGGCGUGUCGCGAUCGGCGUCGGUCGUGCUGUGCUACCUGAUGCGCAACAACGAGUGGACCCUGCGGCAGGCGAUUGAGCACGUGUGGCAGACGCGGCCCUUUGUGCUGCCCAAUGCUGGCUUCUUCGACCAGCUUCUGGAGGUAGAACGCCAACUCUUUGCCAUCUGA